UCAAUUCUGGGUUUGAUUGUGUUUGUCGUGAGUCUUUUUAGAAUGUUCAUUGAUGAUAUGGAAAGAAUUAGAAUUGAAGAUAUUUGUAAUGACACUUUGGAUUUAUGCCCACCUUGUGUAAACGCAGCUUGUCUUCCACAAAAAAUUUACAAAUUUUGUAAAGAAGCCAUGAUAACUUAUCUUACAGAUAAUGAUUUGAGCAUAUUAUUUGCUUUUAUUAUUGUUAUUUGGGCAUCAAUUUUUUUGGAGUUAUGGCAAAGAAUCGAAUACACAUUACGUUAUAGAUGGAAUUUACUUAAUGUGAAACCCGACAUCGAUGAACGCCCGGAAUUUAAAGAACGAACGAAAAACUACGUUCGAAUAAAUCAAUAUACUGGUCUUAGCGAAACUUAUUACCCUAUCAAGUAUCAAUUAAGACAAUAUGCGAUUUCAGCUGUAUUCUGUUUAAUAUGUAUUGCCUUUUUUAUAGCAACAGUUAUGUGUAUUCGAGCAACCGUUUAUUUUUUUAGAUACAGUGUGUAUUUAUCGGAAUGGGAAUUUGUAAGAGAAUAUGGUGAUUUUGCUGUUAAAAUGUAUAGCGGCAUGGCUACCGUUAUUUUUAUUAAACUCUAUACUCCG